AUGGCCACUUCGACGACAACCGCUGUUGAGCUCCUCCAGCUUCCCGUACAAACCAAUCGAACUCACAACAACGCCAGCAGAGAUGAGUCUCAGAAUGCCUCUCCUGAUGAUGUGCUGGAGGCAUCCCGCUUAGCGGACUCUGUCGUACCGGAUGGAGGCUAUGGAUGGGUUGUCGUUGGUGCCUGCGCAGUCAUUUCAUGGUGGUUUGUCGGAAUGGGCUACAGCUGGGGCGUGAUUCAAGGAGCCCUCGUGGAAAAGGGCCUCUCGACACCAGCAACUCUGUCCUACGUCGGUUCCCUCGCCGUCUCCCUCAUAUCAUGUAUGGCUAUCCUCAACGCCCGCAUCAUCCGAGCCAUUGGCGCCCAACGAACCGCCUUGCUAGGGAUCGUCCUUCUCGGCAUAUCCGAAAUCAUCAGCAGCUUCACAGUGUCCAACCUCGCUGGGUUAUUCAUCACUUCCGGCGUCAUCGUAGGUCUCGGCAUGAGCCUCUGCUUCAUGGCUGUGUCUGCUACCCCGGCUCAGUAUUUCAGCAAGAAGAGGGGACUGGCAAAUGGCAUUGUAUUUGCGGGAGGAGGUCUUGGUGGAGCGACGACAAGCUUCUUCCUGGAUGCUGUGAUCCAGCGACUUGGAACUGCAUGGGCGUAUCGAAUUCUCGGGUUCGUGACGUUGGCAACGGGCCUUCCUGCCGCGUGGCUAGUCAAGGAGCGAUCACCUGUCAAGACUGCAUCGUUCAUUGAGUGGCGUCUCUUUCGCGAUCUUGGGUUCGUCAUCAUCUUCGCUGCCGGCGCAAUCGCAACGUUUCCUCUCCUCGUCCCCCCUUUCUUUAUUCCUCUGUACAGCAGAUCAGUUGGACUAUCUUCUUCUACCGGAGCUGGUCUCCUGGCAGGCUUCAACCUGUCAUCCGCUGCGGGGAGAAUCCUCUGCGGCUUCUUCUGUGACAAGUUCGGGGCGCUCAAUGUCCUGUUCUGUUCCCUGUUGAUUAAUGCCGUCACAAUGUUGGCACUAUGGCCUGCAUCCACGACUCUGGCCCCCCUAACUGUCUUUGUCGUUCUCAACGGCGCAGCGAAUGGAGGCUUCUUUUCCACCAUGCCCACCGUGGUUGGCAAUGUCUUUGGAUCGCAGAGAGUGUCUGUGGCCAUGGCCAUGAUCGUCACAGGUUGGGGUGGCGGGUAUUUGAUGGGCUCCCCGAUUGCUGGAUACCUUCUUGAUGCAUAUGGUGGAACAGGCAGCGGAUUCCAGGCGUACCGGCCUGCCAUCACCUAUGCGGGCUGCAUGGGACUUGGAGCUACGGGCCUUGUGGCAUUCGCCCGAUUGAGAAAGGACCGAUCGUUGAUUGCAAAAGUUUAA